CAUAGAUGUAAACAGUUCGUCAACCGCCUAGGCUACUCAAACAUAAUAGAAUUGUUUAAUAAUUAGUCUUGAUUUAGUUCAUGUGAGUUUAAAAUAUAUUAUGAUCAAAUAAAGUUAAUAAUGGCAAACGAUAAAACCGCACAUUGGAAAGAUUUACUGCGGAAAAGACUCGCCUCUGCGAAACCAGAUGGCAGGACAGAGGAGGAGAAGAAAGCAGAGGAAACUGAAUUGUUCACCAAAUAUUACACUGAAUGGAAAAGAGGUGAAAAAGGAGAAGAGGACUCAUUUAAACACAUCCCACGCUUCUACUACAGGCUUCCUGCAGAAGAUGAAGUCUUGCUGCAGAAACUCAGAGAAGAAUCGAGGGCAGUGUUUCUCCAGAGGAAGAGCCGGGAACUACUGGACAACGAAGAGUUGCAGAACCUUUGGUUUCUUCUCGAUAAGCAUCAAGUGCCGCCCACAACUGGUGACGAGGCUAUGAUCAGUUAUGAGAGUUUCCUAAAGGUUGGAGAAAAAGCAGGCGCCAAAUGCAAGCUUUUCUUCACUGCCAGAAUCUACGCCAAACUGCUUCAUAAUGAUCCAUACGGGAGGAUAUCAAUAAUGCAGUUCUUCAACUAUGUCAUGAGAAAAGUGUGGCUGCACCAAACCAGGAUAGGUUUGAGUCUUUAUGAUGUAGCAGGUCAGGGUUAUCUCCGUGAGUCUGUAAGUGAUCUCAUUUUACCCCCUGAAAACGGUAAAAAUCACAGUAUUCACAGUAUCUGCAUAGGAGUAAAGCUGCAUUGUUUAACAAAGACUUUCUUUCUGCAGGAUUUGGAGAACUACAUUCUAGAGUUAAUUCCCACACUCCCCCAACUAGAUGGCUUGGAGAAAUCCUUCUACUCAUUUUAUGUUUGCACUGCCGUUCGCAAGUUCUUCUUCUUCCUUGAUCCUCUACAUACUGGCAAGAUAAAAAUUCAGGACAUCCUAGCUUGCAGUUUCUUGGAUGAUCUACUUGAGCUUCGAGACGAGGAGCUGUCCAAGGAGAGUCAGGAGUCCAACUGGUUCUCUGCACCUUCUGCUCUUCGAGUUUAUGGUCAGUACCUCAACCUGGAUAAGGACCAUAACGGGAUGCUCAGUAAGGAAGAGCUGUCUCGCUAUGGCACAGGAACAUUAACUAGUGUUUUCCUAGACCGCGUCUACCAGGAAUGCUUAACCUACGAUGGCGAAAUGGACUAUAAGACAUAUCUAGACUUUGUGCUGGCUCUAGAGAACAGGAAAGAGCCUGCGGCCCUCCAGUAUAUAUUCAAACUGCUGGACAUGGAAAACAAAGGCUAUCUCAAUGUAUUUGCCCUCAACUACUUCUUCAGGGCGAUUCAGGAACAGAUGAAAAUCCAUGGGCAGGAGCCAGUUUCCUUCCAGGAUGUUAAGGAUGAAAUCUUUGACAUGGUGAAGCCUAAAGAUCCUUAUAAGAUCACACUACAGGACCUGGUGAACAGCGGUCAGGGUGAUACUGUCACUAGUAUCCUCAUCGACCUCAAUGGCUUCUGGACUUACGAGAACAGAGAGGUGCUGGUGGCUAAUGACACUGACAGCAACACAGCUGAUUUAGAUGACACAUGACAUCACGUUCUGUUGCCAGAUCAAGUUGCGCUAUUGGACCAAUUGUGCUACUCUGAACGAGGAACAAACCUUUAGCAAGAGGAAAACACAGAAUAGCUCAGUUCUAUGUUGAAUUGUUUAUUAAGUAAUACUAUGUACAAAACAAGCUGUAUUUUUUCACCUACGUUAUAGAACGGUAUGUGUGUUUUCACCUACAUUAUACAAAAUUAUUGUACACAAAUAAAUUAUACGCUCUUCAAAA